AUGUCCAAAGCACGACCCUUUGCUGCUUCCCAGCCUCAGGCCAGUGCUGCUGCUUCAAACUCCAGGCCGAAGUCCAAGGUCAAGAGGAAGCACAAGAAAAUCAAGAGCCUUCCCAGGAACCAGAACCACUUGCUGGUCAGCCUCGAACCCAGCAUCAAUUACAGACAUGCCAGCUCCAAUUCAAAUGUCUCCAACUUCUCUGACAACUCCACCUACUCCACCACCUCCAGCCAGUCUGCCAACAAAUUGAACUCAGCUCUGGCUUCUGCUUCCCCCCCCUACUCCCAAAACCAGCAGCAGAGAGCCUUUCUAAUUACAAGCCCAAGCCCAAGGCAAACAAGAAGAUACAGCUCUUCUCUCUUGAGCAAUGCCAACAACCAUCCUUGGGAACUACCCCAUCCAAAAUCAAACCCAAACCUUCUCAGUUCUACCCACAAAUCUUCCACCUCUCUAACCCCUUCUCCAACCGAAAUGCCUAACUACAACUUGGCCUUCAGUCCUCAAAAUAACCAACUAUCCAUUCCUGUUUCAAUCCAAAGAUCUCAUUCACCUCAGCCAUCUCAGCUGUUCGCCCACUCGCUGCAAUUUCAGCCAGAAAUCUUGCCUCAAAACCUUCCAUUAUACCAUCCCACUCAACAGCAAUUAUACCAACAACAACAACAAUUGUAUCAGCAGAUGCAACAACAGCAAUUUCUUCAACAGCAUUUGUUUCAACAACAGCAGCAGUUACAACAGCAGCAACCGGCUCAAAUACUGAUGCCUAUUCAAAAACAAAAACAGUUGAAAACCACUUUUCAACACCAACAAUCUCCCAAUUUUCAACCAACACAACCUCAAGAAUUCCCACACCCUCCUCAAUUCCUACCUGAAAAUCCACAAAAUCUCUCCAUUGAUAUUCAACAAUCCCAACCAUUUUUAGAUGAUCUAAAUCAAUCUCAAUCUCAAUCCCAGUUACAAUUUCAAUUCCAACCUCAACUUAAAAAUCAAUCCUUUCCUAUAAACAAAAACUCAAGACAAUUUGAAUCCAACACACAAAAUGACCAAAAAAUUACACCAAUUCCAAACCCUCGCUUUUCCUUUCAUAACCACUCUCUUUCCAACUCUUCUAACCAAUCCAAAAGACUAACUCCCUCAAUUACAACCUUCUCAAUUGGUAGAACUGAUACAAUCAACACAAACGGCUCCAUCAACAACGGCUCCAUCAACAACGGCUCUCCAAGUCUUAAUCUCUCCUUCCACACUGCAAACUCUUCGCUAAGUUCAGCUCUCCAAAGCCCAACUAUCAGCACAACUUCUCCAAGACUUCCAACCUCUUCCCUACCAGAAACUAUAAACUUCAUAGACUCAAAAUUCAAGCUAACCGACUCAAACCCGGCUUCCGACCAAAUUCAUCCCGAUUCUAAUGAAAAUGGCGGUUUAUCCAUGGAAGGCAUGGAAAUUCUAGAUAUCGAUGAAUUUUCAAAAAAUGAUUCAUCCUCAGACGACAAUUACGCUCUCAAUAACCAAACCCUUCAAAAUAACAGUCUAAUAAAUUUUGAAAACAAUAAUAUUAACGAUAAUAACAAUAACAAUAACAAUAACAAUAACAAUAAUAAUAACAAUAACAAUAAUAAUAACAAUAACAAUAAUAAUAAUAAUAACAAUAACAAUAAUGAUGAUAAUAAUAUUAAUAAUAAUAAUAACGACAAUACAGCUAAAACUCAAAAAUUGACACAACUAAUCGUUGACAUCGACUCAAAAGAUUAUAACAACAAAAUGCAUCUCUCUCUAAGUCAAAACUCACAACAAGCCAUCUCAAACAGACUAAGUAAUGAACUGAUUCGCUUACCGAAAGUUCAAUCAAGAGAAAGCUUAAUCAAAAAAAAAAGCACUUCCUCAUUGUUCAACAUUCAACUACCAGAUAGUAAAAUGAGCCUAAAUAGCUAUUCCAGCUCCAAAUCAGCUACUACUAAUCAAACUACAACCUCUUUUUCCACAAAUGCUACUGAUACAUUAACUGUCUUUGCCCCUAGAUCCAGAGCUGCUAGUAAUGAUGAAAGUCUUUUAAAAUUCAACCCACAUCUUCGAUUACACACUCCUUCCAAAUCUGUCUCUCCCUCUCCUUCACAAAUGGAUUUGUCCUCGGAAAUCUCCAACAAUGUCACUGAUACAUCUAAAAAUGAAGAACAUAACUUUUUGGAUUCUCACCUAGACAGUUCUCAGAUCGCCAUGUCAAUCUCAAAAAUCAACUUUCAAAAUAAUUUCAUAAAUGAUAAUAGUGAUGCCUUUAGUUUCUCAGGUGUAACUCCUUCCGCUCAAAUAAGUGUUAAUCCAAUGGAAUCUGCUAUUCCAUAUAAAUUGGAAUCCUCUUCCUCAGAUUCUAAAGAAAUAACCAACCCAAACAAUAACAAUAGCAACAACAACAAUAAUAAUAACAUCAACAAUAACAACAACAAUAAUAACAACAACAAUAACAAUAACAACAACAAUAAUAACAACAACAAUAACAACAACAAUAAUAAUGAUGAUAAUGGUAAUGAUAACGAUAAUCAAGAAACAGGAAAUUUAAAUAAUUCCACUCAAAGUCUUCAACCUAAUAAUUUGUCGAUCCCACUGGUUCUGCUUUUCGAAACUUCUUUUUCAUUUAAGAACUCUUUUAAAAAAGAAAGACCCGAAUCUGACUUUACAGAAAAGUCAAAUAUCCUAGAAAAAAAUGAAGACGACCAAAACUCAACUUUUUAUACCUCAUCAGAUAUAAAGAAUUCUUCAAGGGAAUCAAAGCCUUAUAUUAAUAUGAAACCUAACUUGCAAAGACAUAGUGCUGUGCAGCAAAGAAUUGUUUCAUCUCAAUUGCGACAUUCAAGAUCCGAAUCUGCUGCUUUAAUUACAUGGGCUGUUAAUGAUCCACUGGAGUGGACUUUAGAUCAUAUUAUGAUUUGGCUUGAUUGUUAUGGGUUUGAUAAUGAAUUGAAAGAUUUUUUUCGUAAAAACAACAUCACAGGUGAAUGUUUUCUAUCUCUUAGCAGCUAUAAAGCUAUGAAAGAUUUAAAAGAAAAAUGGGUUCCUAAUAUAAAUAACGACUCCCCUACUUUUCACGUAAAAGAUUAUACCAUGUUUAUUAACACUUUAAGAAAAACAUUAGAUCGAGGAAAUUCUGCCAUUAAUUCUCCAAAUGUUUUACCUUCAGGUUCCACUUUAAGUUUUACUGAUACUUCGCAGAGUAAAACUCUUUCUACCAUAGAUUCUAAUGAUACCAAUCAAGAAAAAAAGGUUAAUAAUUUAUCAACAACUGUUGAAUUCACUGAAUAUCCUAAAAAACUGAAUAUAAAUGAGACAGACAAUCCAUCAGGCAGUGUAAUUUCACGGGUGAUUAAUUUGCAAAAAUCCAAGACUCUUGAAAACUCAAAAUUAUUUCAAAAGCCAAGACAAACAAAAUAUAAAAAUAAUACAAGACCUGCUUCCGCAAUUGAAGCAACUAAGAAUUGGAAUCACAUUCCCAGUCUGAAUGUUCCCUCGCCUUCUUCACCUCAUGCUCACUUUUUUAAAAGGUAUAGUAGGGGAAAUAAUUUGGAUAUUUCCAAGGUUCCUCAAACUCCUAGCUCUUUUCAAUUUCCUUUAUCUGCUACAUCUUCUUUAGAUGAAAAAAAAUCGAAAAAUGAAUCUAUUGAACCCAAAAGAGGACUAUUGCCAAAAUUACUUAAAAAAGAUAAAACAAGAACGUUCGAAGGUCCCUCAACUCGUCAAAAUGUUGAUGAUUCACCCACAAGCCCGAUUUCACUCAACACGCCAUUUAAAAUUAAAAAAGAAAAAGAUUUUGAAACUCGUUUUGCUCACAGGCAUCAAGAAAGUUCACUAGUUGGACACAUAUCUUUUACAGAUAGCCAAAUUGCUAAACCUAGAAAAGAUAAAUGUAAAAAUUAUAUAUUGGUCACAAAGGAUAAUGUUCAUUUUGUGCCUGUUGGCGAUAUUAGUCUAGGUGCUUCGUUGAUCGAUUUUAAAAAAGCAAUAUCUAAUGCAUUGAAUUUUCGUUCUGAUGAAAUUGAAUAUUUGACAUUUCAUAUGACUGAUUUUGGUUGUGAAAAAGGUGAUCUGUUAAAUGAUAAAAUACUUGAAGAUUUAAUUCAGUUUGAAUAUCUCUAUUAUAAAAUAAAGUUAUUUGUGGGUUACGAUUCGAUUCAUUCCUCUGAAAUAUCAGCCACAAGUACAAGAAGCUCAGACAGUAAUUCUUUUGAAAUAACUGGUGAUGAUGAUCGUAUUUAUCCAGCUACUCCAAGGUAUUUGAUUCAGUCUUCGAAAAUAGACAAUAUAGACGAAGUGGCUAUAAGAUCUCCUAAAUUGCAAACAAUAGUUUCCAACAACAAUACUAGCUUUGAUUCUUCAAAAAAUUUUAUUGAGCCUGUGCAGAAUUCUAGUGACACAACCCAAAGAAAUAGAAAUGAAAAAGGAUCAUUAAGUCUGAAUAUUGCAAACUUUGUCGAUAGGCUGUUGCCUUUAAAUAACUCGACAAAAAAUUCAAAACUCAAUUCAAAUCAUAUGUCUUCAAAUUUGGAUACCUCUUUUAAUGUUAACAAAGUUCUGAAGAUAACUUAUAAUCCAUUUUCUGUUAUAAGAGAUACUAAAAGAGAAAUAGAUUUUGAUAAGAAGCGUGUUUCACCAUAUGAGAUGACUGAAAAACCUUUCAACCCUUCAAAUACACCAGCUAGCACAUCAAAUACACCAGUUAGCACAUCAAAUGUUAUAAUCCAAAAGCCAAAAAAAUUAAACAAAUCUUCAUCUCUACUGUUCAAACCACAAAUGCUAUUGGACAAAUCUCAACCACUUGUGGCUAAAAGACCACCCCCCCUCCUCCUUCAUCUUCGAUUAGAAUGCCCCAAACCAGAUUGUCUUUUCAAAAAAGUAUUAGAAAAAAGCCACCUCCAAUAUCAAUACCUAGACCAAGCAAUCAUAUAG